AUGUACAGAUUUAGAAAUCAUUUAACAAGUUCUCAUUUAGUUUUGGUUAGGAAACAGAUAGGAGAUGGAUCAUGUGCCGCAUUAAUAGUGAUGCGAGCGCCACAACGGCACUAUGCUAUCGAUCAGAAGAAAAUGGCUGAUACCUGUCCACCACCAAAAGAUAAGCCGAAGUCUCGGAAACUAUUGUGGGGGACAGUUGGAGCUACAAUGUUAACCGGUGCUGCCAUUGUUUAUGCUAAGUCGAGUCCUGAAGCUCGUAAUUGGCUAGAGUCUAAUGUACCAUGGGCUAAUGACCUGGUAGCCCUUGUGUACCAAGAGAACACAACAUACUGGAAGUUUACAGCCAAUCAGUUCAAUAAAGCAACUAAAUCCGUCACCAAUUUUCUGUUUGGAAAAGAGGGAGUAACACCACUUGAUUUUCAACAACGUCCGGAACAAGAUUUAGAUAAAGAUGCAGCCAGAGAUUUUGCUAAGAAAAGUUAUGAGCUACCGCCACCUACCAUCGAACCUUUAUAUGUGGAAGAGAAAGUUCUAGAAACUCCUGACAUUGAAAUACAAGCCACACUCGUUCAAACGGAAAAGUGUGAACCCCAAAGCCCUCCUCCUAUAAAAAUAACCAAGGACUUGGUGGAACUUGAGCAAGAUAUGCACGAGAACACUAGAUCGGCCAUAGACAAUUUCAAGAAGGCUACCAAACAUUGUGCUGAUUACAAUAAAGCUCUUUAUAGGAUUGUAGAAACACCAAUCGCUGAUCUUGACAGAAAAUACUUCACGACACUGAAGGGCGCUCAGAGUGAACGUGAUAACGCCGUCAAGAAGGCUAAGGAGGCGUCCGCUAAAGCUAAAUGUGCUAUUGAGACCUUGGACCGUAUGAUUAAAGCCGGCGUCCAAGCGCCUCCUGAAACGAUUGCGGCCACUAAGAGAUACAUCACACAGUUCAGGAACGAUUUGAGCAUAGCUGAGGACGAAUAUAAGGAGGCUGUAGAUAAGGCUGUGCUUAGUGACAAGUAUUGGAACAAGGUGGAAGCAGCUCGUAUGAUGUAUAAGGAAGAGCUUCAAAUGCUGUUCCCAAGCAUAGACCUUACAGCGAGACAGCUUGAUAUUAGAGGCGACACCGAUCUUCUGCUUAUGUAUACUUUGAAGCAGAUUCAAUACUUACAAAACGAAAUUGCCGAGUUGCAGACUGUAAGGGAAUUGAAAAUCAACAGAGCUAUUGAAUGUCACGAUGAAAAGGCAAUCAUAGAAGCUAAAGUAGAAGACAUGAUAAAACACGAAAGAAUGGAGAAAGAAAAGGAGUUCCAGAAAAAGAGCUUAGAAAUCCAAGCAGAAGCGAAUAGGAACUUAAAAGAGCAGUUGAAGAAACAGUUUGAGAUACAACAGGAGGUGUUACAAGAUAAACUGGCUAAGAAAGAGAAGGAGGUCAUGAACAAAUUCAGUCGCUCUGUUUCGGAACAAGUUGAAAAGGAACGCGUAGAGUUCAAAAAGGAGCUGGGAGCUAUGGCCGGCAAACUACAGGCUAUAGAACAGACGUUAAAACAGCGUUCAGCCGCGGAGGCCGAGGCUCGUCGUUCUCAGUCUCUGUGGGCCGCGGCCGAGGCGUUACACGCGGCCGCCAGGAGGAACGACGCUAGGGCCACGCUCGACAAGGAACUGAGAGCGCUCGAACAGGCUGGAAAAGACGACAAAUUAGUGCAAACAGUCUUAAAAGGAAUUCCUAACGAGGUCCGUGAGAAGGGCAUCGCUACUGAGAAAGCAUUGAGGGAUAAAUUUGACAGAUUGGAGAGGACAGCUGUAAAAGUAGCUUUAGUAGGACGUGAGGGUGCGAGCCUUGUGGUUUAUUUCCUGUCGUGGCUGCAAUCCAAGUUAUUGUACCAGAAGUUCGCCGAAAUACCUCAAGACGAACUGGACAAUAAACCAACGGAUUUCUCAAAAUUGGAUACAUUUGAUAUCAUACAACGAGCCAGGUACUACAUGGACCACGGCUCAGCUACCCCACGCCCUCCGCUACGUGAACCUCCUCUCCGGGGCCCCGCGGGCCGCGGCCCGCUCCUGGGUCGACGAGGCCCGGGCCCACCUCGAGGUCAGACAGGCCGCGGACGCGGUCAUGGCGCACGCCAGCGUCUCGGGCCUGCUGAGGGAGUAACACCACUUGAUUUCCAACAACGUCCUGAACAAGAUUUAGAUAAAGAUGCAGCCAGAGAUUUUGCUAAGAAAAGUUAUGAGUUACCGCCACCUACCAUCGAACCUUUAUAUGUGGAAGAGAAAGUUCUAGAAACUCCUGACAUUGAAACACCAGCCACACUCGUUAAAACGGAAAAGUGUGAACCCCAAAGCCCUCUUCCUAUAAAAAUAACCAAGGACUUGGUGGAACUUGAACAAGAUAUGCACGAGAACACUAGAUCGAAAAUAGACAAUUUCAAGAAGAGUACCAAACAUUGUGCUGAUUACAAUAAAGCUCUUUAUAGGAUUGUUGAAAUACCAAUCACUGAUGUUGACAGAAAAUACUUCACGACACUGAAGGGCGCUCAGAGUGAACGUGAUAACGUCAAGAAGGCUAAGGAGGCGUCCGCUAAAGCUAAAUGUGCUAUCGAGAUCUUGGACCGUAUGAUUAAAGCCGGCGUCCAAGCGCCUCCUAAAACGAUUGCGGCCACUAAGAGAUACAUCACACAGUUCAGGAACGAUUUGAGCAUAGCUGAGGACGAAUAUAAGGAGGCUGUAGAUAAGGCUGUGCUUAGUGACAAGUAUUGGAACAAGGUGGAAGCAGCUCGUAUGAUGUAUAAGGAAGAGCUUCAAACGCUGUUCCCAAGCAUAGACCUUACAGCUAGACAGCUUGAUGUUAAAGGCAACACCGAUCUUCUGCUUAUGUAUACUUUGAAGCAGAUUCAAUACUUACAAAAAGAAAUUGUCGAGUUGCAGACCGUAAGGGAAUUGAAAAUCAACAGAGCUAUUGAAUGUCAUGAUGAAAAGGCAAUCAUAGAAGCUAAAGUAGAAGACAUGAUAAAACACGAAAGAAUGGAGAAAGAAAAGGAGUUCCAGAAGAAGAGCUUAGAAAUCCAAGCAGAAGCGAAUAGGAAGUUAAAAGAGCAGUUGAAGAAACAGUUUGAGAUACAACAGGAGGUGUUACAAGAUAAACUGGCUAAGAAAGAGAAGGAGGUCAUGAACAAAUUCAGUCGCUCUGUUUCGGAACAAGUUGAAAAGGAACGCGUAGAGUUCAAAAAGGAGCUGGGAGCUAUGGCGGGCAAACUACAGGCUAUAGAACAGACGUUAAAACAGCGUUCAGCCGCGGAGGCCGAGGCUCGUCGUUCUCAGUCUCUGUGGGCCGCGGCCGAGGCGUUACACGCGGCCGCCAGGAGGAACGACGCUAGGGCCACGCUCGACAAGGAACUGAGAGCGCUCGAACAGGCUGGUAAAGACGAUAAGUUAGUGCAAACCGUCUUGAAAGGAAUCCCUAACGAGGUCCGUGAGAAGGGCAUCGCUACUGAGAGAGCAUUGAGAGACAAAUUCGACAGGUUGGAGAGGACAGCUGUAAAAGUAGCUUUAGUGGGACGUGAGGUUGCGAGCCUCGUGGUUUAUUUCCUGUCGUGGCUGCAAUCCAAGUUAUUGUACCAGAAGUUCGCCGAAAUACCACAGGACGAGUUGGACAAUAAACCAACGGAUUUCUCAAAAUUGGAUACAUUUGAUAUAAUACAACGAGCCAGGUACUACAUGGACCACGGCCAGCUACCCCACGCCCUCCGCUACGUGAACCUCCUCUCCGGGGCACCGCGGGCCGCGGCCCGCUCCUGGGUCGACGAGGCCCGGGCCCACCUCGAGCAACGUCCUACAAAUCUUCAAGGAGCAAAACUCUCCCGAUGUCCUGUAAACAAUUACAAGGUGCAAGUACGUGAUCCUUGUCCCCCUAAACCCCCACCUCCGCCUCCUAAACCCAAAGAUGACACUGCUUUUUGGGGGGCAAUGACUGUUGUUUUUUUGGCAGCUGGUUUUGGUUUUAUUGCUAAGCAAAAUCCAGAAAUUAGAGACUGGUUGUCCAUAUACGCUCCCUGGUUCGAUGAUCUCAUUGCAAUUGCUUUUCAAGAAAAUAUGACUUUUGGCGAGAUGGGCCAAAAGUAUCUGGAUAGUAUUAAACGUUCUCUUAAUCAGUUAAUCAAGGACGAUAAAGACACUAAGGUUAAGCCUUGCUCAAUGGAAGUUUCAGAUACUCCUAUUACAAAAUCUGCAGAUCCUGAGAGUCCGCCCUGUGAAGCACCACCGCCUGUCGUAAUCAGUAAAACUGCGUGCGAAGUUGUUGACCACCUUCGGGUGCUUGCAAAUGAUGUUUUAAGCAAUUAUUAUACAGCAGAAAGGGCUUGCUUUCUUUACAACGAGAUUGUUAACGAGACAAUGGCAAACUUCUCCAUCCCAUUACUUAAAGAAUUAAAUGGUCACAUGAAAGAACGACAAGAACUCGUCCAGACUUCCUUACAAAACGCUGAUGAGGCUCUUGCUGACAUCGACUCUUUAGCCCACUAUCUAGAGUGUGGUGCGAAAGGAACCCAGGAAGAAAUUGCAGCCGCUAUUACAGAAGUAGAAGAUUAUCAACAAAAAUUCUUGGCUUCGAGGAUAAAAUAUGAUUGGGAAAAUGACAAAUCUACAGCGUUAGAUAACCAAUGGAAAAGGUCUCAUCAAUUGAAGAAAGAAUUACAAGAGGUCGUGUUUGGAAUGACCGAUCGAGUUAAUAGAGCUUUUGAUACGUUACCUCAAGUUGAGAAAGAACAGAAAGAGCGAGAAGCAAUGAUGGAGGCUGUUCUUAAACAGAAAAGAGCCGAAUUAAAUCAAGAGUAUAAUAAAAGGUACGAAGACCAGCGCGCGGCUAACGAAAAAUUACUGAGGGACUCCUUAAAAAAACAAUUGGAUGCACACGAAGAAAUUGAGAGUAGAAGAUUGUUAGAAAAAGAACGAGAGGCGACGAUAAAAUUGGACAAACUGGUAUCUGAGAAGGUAGCAUUUGAAAAAAGAUUGUUUGCCCAACAACUUAAAGAGAUGUCUGUGAAACUUAAACUUGUGGAAGACAAACUAAAUGCUCGCCUCAAAGCUGAGAGUGAAACUCGUCGAUCUCAAGCUCUAUGGGCCGCUGGUUCAGCUCUUCUAGCAGCCACAAAGCGUGGAGAAAAUGUCGUGAAAGUGAAUAAGGAAUUAGACGCCAUAGAAAAAGCAUCAGGUGAUGGAGAUAAGCUCGUUACAACAGUUUUGAAAGCUAUACCUAAUUCUGUGCGUGAAAAUGGCGUUGUCCCAGAGAGUGUGCUUCGCGCUAGAUACAGUGAGAUGGAAAAAGUGGCUUUGAAAGUUGCAUUGGUGGAAAGAGAAGGGGGUCCUUUGCCAGUUUAUUUCUUAUCAUGGCUGAUGUCGGUGUUUCUUUUUAUGAAGAUAUCAGGGAUACCACAAGAUGAGUAUGACAACCCUCAAAAGGAACCUUCAGAAGACCUGGAUACAUUCGAUUUAUUACAGAGAGCUAGAUUCUGGCUGGGACAAGGCAAUCUGGCAGCAGCUAUACGUUACGUGAGCCUGCUGCAAGGUGCUUCUCUCGGUGCUGCAAUGACCUGGCGUGAUGCGGCACUCGCACACCUGGAGACCAAGCAAGCAGCAGAAGCGGUACUGGCACACGCUACAGCUCUUGGCUUGCACCAAUCCCGUCGCUUUGUAAAAAGCUUAGAAGAUCAAGUAGGAAAAGAGCCAUUCGAUCACUAUACUUACUGUCAUCGUAAUGCAUUGGAAACAAUAUGCCUUACUGCGUUAGGAGAUGACUUUAUGAAAAAUAGCGCUGAGAGCUCUGAAUACGUCUGCACAAUAGACAAAAUGUUCAACAUUCUCAUAUCAAGAUUCCAGAAAUUUUGGUUACAUCAAGAUGUAAUAUAUAACUUUUCCAGUGUCAAACGACAAGAACAGGAGUGUAUAAAGAUAUUACACAAAGCUUCUAGUGCAAUUCUACAAAAGAAAAAAGAAAGUUACAUGAAGGAAAUGGCAUCAACAGAAGAUAAAUUUAGUAGUACAAAAUUUAAACCAUUCAUUCAACUGCUUUUGGAACUGUCUCACAAUACGAAGGUCCUAACUGAUGAUGAGAUCAAAGAACAUAUAGAUACGAUCAUCGUAAGUGGUUCUGAUACAUCAGGUGGCACCAUAACAUACUGUAUGUUACUGAUUGGUUCUUACCCACACGUUCAGGAUAAAAUUAUUGAAGAAUUACUAACUGUUUUUGGUGAUGAUGACAGAGACGUUACGAAAGAAGAUCUCUCGAAAUUAGUAUAUUUGGAAGCGGUGAUUAAAGAAUCAAUACGCUUAUACCCCACUGUGGCUUUUACAGGAAGAAAUAUUGAAGAGGACGUGAAAUUACGCAAUUACACAUUAUUAAAAGGGGCAUCAGCAUAUCUCUCGAUAUAUGCCAUAUAUCACCAUCCCCAGUGGGGACCUGACGUCGAGGAAUUCAAACCAGAACGUUGGCUUGAACCAUCGUCAUUACCAUCAUGGGCAAAUUCCAUUGGUUUUGGAGUAGGCCGAAGAUUUUGUAUAGGUAUAUAA